AUGUCAUAGCUUCCAUAAACUGGAUAACAAUCAAAACCUUAAUCAAAUAUGCCUUAACAAAAUAUUCCACAAGGUCAAAACCAAUUUAUUCCUCAAUAAGGAAUCCCAACCUAAGUUUUACCUUAGGGCUAACCCUAAUAUGUGGUUCCAUCUUAAAAUUUAGGAAGAGCACCAAUAAGUGGAUUUCCAACUCAAUAGCUUCCAUAUUUGUAGCAACAAGGAUUUUAACCGUAACUCCCAUCCUAGGUGAUUGGAUAAAAUGGAGUUCCUUAUUAGACAGGUCCCGUCUAAUUAAGUUCAUAAUUAAUGACUGAAUAAGCGAUAAAGGGUGAAUCAAGAAUAGAAUAUGUGCCUUUUGAGAGAGUAAUCACUGAAUAUGAGGAAGUGAGAAGACAAGUUUAAGUGCCGGUAACGAGAUAAAUAACUGAUUAUUAUGCAGUCUAAUAUGAAGUUGAAUAUAUUCCUUAAGUAAUAUAAGAGAAGUAAAUUGAAUACGUACCUGUAGAAAGAAUCUAAGAGAGAACCGAGUAUUACACAGUGUAAAAAUAAAAUAUUUUGCCUGCUUAACCAGCUUUGUAACCAUAAACUCUGGCAUAAUCAUAAACUAUUCAAACUUAGAGAGUGCAAUAGUAGAUUGUGACUUAAUAACCAUAAUAAUAUUUGACAAUAGCCUAAUAACCCUAAGUUACAACCUAUCAAGCUCCUCCAGUCCAAACAACAACAGUAAUACCACAACCUCCAGUUUAACAACCAAUAACAUCCACAUUUAUAUAACCACCAAUUACUACAACAAUUUAAGCACCAACAGUAGUCUAAAAUACCAUCAUGCCCUAAACUCAAUAUACUUCUGCAUAUGUUCAAUAACCACCUGCAGUUGUAACAACUUAACUAUAGUCCGUCCCUCAAACUAUACAAACUACAAGUGUAGUUCCAUAAACAAUUUAGACUACCAACGUUUUCCCAUAGACAGCAAGUGUUAUUCCAUAGACAAGAACGUUGACUAAACCUCCAACAACAAUUGUCUAACCUCAAGCAUCAGUUCCUUUGGCCACAACUACAGUUCUACCACCAUAAUUAGCUCAAACAACUACUGGAAUACCAUCUUCAAUUUAUAAAGACGCUCAGAGAUUGCCAGUUUAAGGAAAUUCACUUUAUAGAAAGACUUUACCACCUAUUCAACCUGGGUAAUUAGCUUAAACAGCUCCACCUCAGCAAAUUCCAACUUAACCAUAAUUGCCAUAAAAGUAAGCUAAACCAGAUAAGGAUAAAACAUUUUUGGAAAGGCUUUUCGAGUGA